AUGACAUCUGUCAGGCGCAUGGAUAUCCCCGAGGCUGCAGACACUCUGCACAAGUUUGUCUACUCAGGCAUCCUUGGGUCCACCGAGGGAAUGGGCUUCACGUACUCUGCGGCCCUAUCCCACACACCUGACCGAGAAGGUCCCGUGGAUCGAUUCCGAAUUGAGGUUGACCGAGAAACCAAAGAGGCCUCGGCCCCAGAGAAGAUCGGGAUCUCAGCCGAAGAGAUGCAAGCGGCUGUAUUGCCGGCAAUCGGCGAAACACUUGCGACAUCGUGCAGAUUUAUCGACGGAGGUCUGAGCAUCUCUUGCAAAGUAACGACGACAGAGAAGCCAGAUCUCACGUAUGUCGUACAAAUACGACACCACGGGAAUGUAGCAUCGAUGGAUGCCUUGAUGAAGUACGUGCAACAACAUAGCGAGCCGGGCAUUCUACCAAUGCCUGCGGUCUUCUCCAUUCCUGGUGAAGCGGCACAUCAAGCAGCAACGGGAUUCGGAGGACAGAUGACACAAUUCUCACCCGGUGUGAUUGCAGAGCGUGUAUAA